CGAAAGCGUCUAAAAUAAAAAUACUCAAACGUCACAAUAAAAACAUGCGGGAAGGUGCAGGAUAUUAAAAUUCUGAAAAAUUUUCGUGUGUUUCGAGCUUUGAAUGCAAUAUGCCUGAAAUCAAUAUGGAUCGAGUCCCGGAAAAUGGAUCGGAUUGUGACACUAAUUCUCAAAAUAGUUUAGACGAGAACUCAGAUUCUGGAAAAGUGAAAAAUAAAAAGACCAAAAAACGUGGAAUAGUGUUUUUAUCAACAAUUCCUCCUUACAUGAACGUUGCCAAGAUUCGAGAAAUAUUUAGUCAGUUCGGAGAAGUCGGACGAAUAUAUUUACAGCCAAGUGCAAAACCAGGAGAAAAACGAAAACGUGUACCGAAUCAAUUCACAGAAGGCUGGGUGGAGUUCCAAAAGAAAAAAGUGGCAAAACAAGUUGCAGCUAAUUUGAACAAUACAAAAAUUGGCACCAGAAAGAAGUCUAGGUACUAUGACAUGAUUUGGAAUAUAAAGUAUAUUCCUCGGUUUAAAUGGAUCCACUUAAGUGAAAGGUUGGCUUAUGAGAAGGCUGCAAUUAAACAGAGACUGCGAGCUGAGAUAUCUCAGGCGAAGAAGGAAGCACAUUACCUGCAGAACAAUGUGGAGAAGAGUAAGAAGAUGAAGAAAAGAAAAGCAAUUGAAGCUAAUAGAAAAGCUGAUGAAUAAAUUGUAUUUUAACAUA